AAAUUGAUUUGUGCAGCACGUUGUCUGGAAGCUGGAUAAGUAAAGUAAUUUUAAUUCUUGCGAUAUUUCAGUGUAUCAAGUAAUUAGCAUAGACCCCAAUAUAAAGUAAAAGUUAAAAUGGCCGAAACUGGCAAAAAAAUUAACGAGUUGCGCGUAUGCGACCUAAAAGAUGAGUUGGAAAAACGCAAGCUGGAGACCGUAGGUCCAAAGGUAGUGUUAAUUGAACGCCUGGAGAAGGCACUAAAGGAAGAGGGCUUCGAUCCGAGCACCCAUUUGAUUGUGCCGGCUUCAAAGGGUGUCAAUACAAAGAAAAAUGUGGCACAAGAGGCUGGAGACAUAUCAGAUGUGAAGAUCAAGGAAGAACCUGUCGAUCCCGAGCAAGAUGGAGAUUACCAGAGCUUUGGUAAUGGUGAUGAGAAUGGCAGCCAUGUUCAUUCUGAUGGCGAUCAUGAAAUAGAUCAAGUGGGAGAUGUGGACGAUGUUUGUGUUAUUCUUGAUGAUGACGAUGAAGAGCAGGAGGAGAACGAUCAUAAUGAAGGGGACGAUCAGGUUGAAGGCGAGGGUGGCGAAGAUGAUGGUGGUGAAGCCGAAGAAAAUGGUGAAGACGAUGGAGCCGGUGAUUGUGAGGGCGCCGAGGUGCAGGAGGAAAAUACCGGCGACACUGUAAAUAUAGACAAUGACGAGUCUAUCAAUUUAACAAUUGGUGAAGACGAGCAAAAACUUUUACACGAUGAGGCACCAGACGACAAAGAAAAGUCGGUUAAACCGGAAAAGGGACAAAAAUCAAGCGGCAAGGAUGCUGAUAAAAAGAACCAGAAGGAUGACGAUGGCGCUCGUUUAAAGAAGAAGGAUGACAAAUCGAGCGAUAAGAAGGAUGCUAGCAGCGACCAAAAAUCAGUUUCGAAAUCGUCGACCCAAAAGGAUGAUAAAGAGAAAACAUCGACUUCUUCGGCGAAUGCGGCCUCAACGAGUACCGCCAACAACAACAACAGCAGCAGCAACAACAACAACAAAUCAGGCACUUCCUCAGCAGUCGGCAGUGGCGGCAAGCAAGCGGCACUGUCUCGCAAUCUCUGGGUAUCCGGUUUGUCCACGCUGACGCGUGCCAGUGAUCUGAAGGCCAUCUUCUCCAAGUUUGGCAAAGUGAUUGGCGCCAAGGUGGUAACCAAUACGCGAACACCAGGAACGCGCUGUUACGGCUAUGUAACAAUGUCCUCAUCUGCGGAUGCCUCGCGCUGCAUUGAGAAUAUGCAUCGUACAGAGCUGCAUGGACGCAUCAUUUCGGUGGAGCGCACCAAGAAUGAAAUUGGAGGCAACAACACCACCACUGCCUCCAAGGAUGCUUCAGGCAACAACAAGCAAAGCGAUGCCAAAAAGAAGGAUGACGAUAAGAAGACCGGCAACAACACCAAGGCUGGCGGCGGCGAUGACAAGCGCGAGAAGGGUGAGGGUGGCAGCAAAGAAGGUGAUGGCAAGCGCGAUACGAAGAGCAAGGAUCGCAACAGCAAGGCGUCAUCAAUACGCGAUGGCAAGGACAACAAAGGUGGUGGCGACAAACGCCACGAACGUGACUUCAAAUCUGGUCCGCCCCGUAAGGGAAAUCAACGCGACAAUGACCGUGCCCGUCCGCCACGCGACUUUGAUCGAGAACGGGAGCAGCGCCAGCGCGAGCGUGAGCGACGUCAGCGGGAGAUGCUGAGCUAUCAGAAGAUUCGCGAGGAACGCGAGCGGCAGCGCUUGCGUGAACGCGAGCGUGAGUUGCGCGAGGAGGAGCGUCGUCGCCGUGAGACACGCGAACGUCAGCGCCUAGAAGAGGAGCGUCUGGCCGAAGAGCGUCGCAAGCUGGCCAUUGAGCGGGAGCGGCUGGAGCGCGAGAAAGCCGAACUGCUGCGUCUGGAGCGGGAGCGUCAGAAACUGGAGCGCGAGAAAAUCGAAUUGGAGCGCCUCGAGUUGAAGCGUCAACAGUUGAAGAUUAUGGAGUCUCGCGAGGAUCCUGUCAAGCGUGCUGUGAAUAAGCGCACCGAUGAUCGCUUUUCGGACACAACAACUGAACGCAAACGCUCUGCGGUAUUUGAUGCUCCUCCGCCACCACGUUUUGAUUCCUCACUGGUCAGUUCACGCAGCACAUACGACAAGAAACGUGAUGACUUUGGCUCUUCGUCGGCUUCGAAGCGCGGUCUCGACGAUUUCAGCAGCUCCAAUAAACGCAUUGACUAUUCCAACAAGCGCGAUGAUUAUGGCACUUCGACUGCAUCCAAGCGUAGCGCUAUAGACGAUUAUCCAGCAGUGCCCAGCAAGCGUUCCGGCGCCAAUGACUACAUAUCAUCGAGUUCAAAGCGCAACAUUGAGGAUUAUUCCACAUCUUCAGGCAAGCGCGAUGAAUACAAGCGCGAGGUGGAGGUGCGUCAUCUCAAUGUAUCUGCAGUGGUCGGUGGCACCACCAGCAGCUCCUACGGGCACAAGAACAACGCUGGUGGCGGUAGUGGUCGCUACAAUGAUGCUACCGAUCGUAGCAAUUCAUCCAACUACAGACGUGGAGCAGUGGACGACGGGCAUUCCUUGUCUCACAGCGGCAACAAGCGAUACGACAACUCUGGCAGUGGCACCGGCGGUGCUGGUGGCUAUGGCGCAAAUUCAAAUAACCUUAACAUUUGGGCACCUUCAUCUGGAGGCAGUGGCGGAGGACAUUUGGGUCAUUCGGGCAGCGGCAAUCCUAUGAAAUCAUAUGGCAACAAUGGACUCUCCUCAAAUCUGCACAGCAAUAACUCGUGGAACAAGUCAGCACCAGUCGAUGACAACAGCUGGCGUCCAGUGCAAACCCAGGAUCGCUACGAUCGCUCCUACAACGAUCGCUCCAGUGGCUAUCAAGGCGGCAACAGCAGCAGUGGCGGCAUGUAUGGCGGCGGUGGGCGACAGGGGCAGGACCGCUAUGGCGGCCAAAUGUCCCGCUAUUAGGCACACACUAAGCAAUUCACACAACCAACCCGCCCCACACGGUUAUAAUUCCCACAUGAGCGCAGGUAUGAGCGCCUUUAUGCUAUAUCUUUAGUUUUUAUGUUAGGACUGUAAUUAAGACUAGCACGUGUAAUUGCUCUAUGACAUAACAUACAUACAUUUUAAUUCAUUAAAUGUAUUAAAUAAAAAAAUAAGAAAUUUCAA